AUGUCAGCUGAACGACGUUGGGACAAGCGACAAUUCCAGCUCGAGGAGUCUACCACCCUCAAUGGCGGCGCCCGCACAAUCUUCAUCGAAUCCAUGACACCAGGCACGACAGUGCCUCCGCAUUUUCACAACCGUUUCUCAGAGACCUUUAAUCUGAUCAGCGGGUCAAUUGCUGUCUACAGCAGCUCUGAACCUGAUCUCGACCUCUUGGAAUCAUCAGCCCAGGACCUCGAGGUCGGUAAGCCGGUUGUUGUCGAACCCGGGCGGUUCCACAAAUACAAGGUUGGUGGGAAUGGCAACUCUGUACUGCGGGUCACCUUGACGCCUGGUGACGCUGAUUUCGAGAGGCUGUUGAAGAUUGUGAACGGCUUGGCUGUGGAUGGAGAGCUCGCAAGCAUGGGCGACAGCCUCACAUUAAUGGCUGUCAUUAUGGGGCUGAGUGAUGCAAAUCUUAUUGGUCCUACAAAGGAAGUCUUGGAUGGUGUUAGGGCGGAGAAGAAGGAUGAAGUUGAGGCCUUGAAGACGAAGCUACUUGCCAAGUAUGAUACUGAGGAAGCCUUGCAAAGUGACGUACUUGCGAUAUCACAAGGCGCAUCAAUCAGUGAGAGCAAGAUGAAUCGGGCUCGAUCUGCCGUGACCAUUCUAGGGGCUGGGACCCAGGGGAAACGCCUUGCGUUCAUGUGGACACGGAAGGGUCGACCAGUAUACUUGAUCGACAAGGACGAGCGGCAGUGUGAAUCAGCUGGCAUUGAAAUCCAGAAGAUGCGAGAUAGCUGGCAGAGCACGUCCAUCACGUCUGACACAUGGGGCAAGGUGACUGUGGACAAGCCAGAGCUCUUGACUGAGGCUAUGGGAAAUUCAUGGCUUCUUGUCGAGUGUCUGCCUGAGAAUCUGAAACUCAAACGAAGUAUCAUCCAAGAUCUUGACAAGUUGGCCUCUGCUGGAAUCAUCAUAGCCUCCAAUUCAAGUAGCUAUACCAUUGAUGAGAUUAUCCAAGAUGUGACUCUCAAAGGCGACAAGGAUUUCAUAAGCUUGCACUCAUAUUGGCCUCCCGAGACCUCGGCACUUGAGAUUAUGGCCUCUGCAAGCACAAAACCCGGAGUGCUGUCUCAGGUCGCGGAGGAAGCUCGCAGUCACGGAUUCUCGCCUUUUAUUGUCCGCAAGCCCUCUACGGGCUAUAUAUACAACAGGAUUUGGGCGGCGAUAAAGCGCGAGACGCUCCUAGCAGUGUCAGAGGGCAUUGCUACCCCUGAAGAGAUAGAUGCCAUUUUCAAAGACGUACUGAAAACGCCCAAAGGGCCCUGUGAACAGAUGGAUGUGGUGGGCUUGGAUGUUGUCUUGGACAUUGAGGAGCACUAUGCUGAAACCCGACCUGGUAUCCCAAAGGAACCGAGAGAGCUGCUCAAAAGGAUGAUUGCUGACAAGAAACUUGGGGUCAAGUCGGGAAGUGGGUUCUACACGUACUCCAGUGAGAAGUAG